AUGCGCAGCUUUGCAGCGUCUGCGGCGGUGCUCGCCACUGUCGCUUUGUCAGUGCUCGCUCCGCGUGCUUCCGCACAACAAGUCACACAGCAGGAUGAUGACCCCGUCUCAAUUGUUGGAACUUGGAGCUCGGGUAGCGGAGGUGUGUCGACAGGCUUGGUGAGUGGGGCGAGCGGUGCGAGCGGGCUUGGGCAGUAUGAAUGAGCGGAAAGGUGCUCUCGUCAGAAGCCGACGGCAUGGGGCAGUCAAGAUGAGCGGAAAGGUGCUCUUGUCAGAUGCCGACGGCAAGUAAGAAUGAGCGGGGAGGUGCUCUUUACAGAUGCCGACGACGACGACGUCGGCAUCAACGGUCUAGAUGAAUGGACAACCUGCCAGUGGCACGGCACAGAUGGCCGCAAAAGUAUCGCGCACGCGUUGAGUGUUGACGUGCGUUGCGUCAGGCUACUGACGCUACCCAUGACAUUCUCGCAGGGCUUCUUCAACCCCGGCAACAACUCCUUUAUAUUACCAAAGACCUCAGGUCAGAGCUACUCAUUCACCCAAGAUGGUUUCUGGGAGCAAGCAUUGUACCUCUUUUCACCGACUGGUGAGUGCGCUGCGGAUGCAUUCCGUCCCGCGCUUCGUAGCUGAUGUCACCCGCUCUGUCGCUUGCUCUCCAGCCAAAGACCCAAAGUGCAAGCAAGCGCAGCUUAUCUGGCAGCACGGAUCGUUCCGCCAAAACGGCAACGGCAGCCUGACGCUCACACCGUUCGAGGGCGAUGGCAGACAAUUGAUCCAAUCCGGCUGCACCCACACGAGCGAGAGCAUUGUGGCAUACGACCAGGCAGAGUACAUGCAGGGCUUCAACAUUCGACUAGACAUGCACUACGGGUCGGGGGCGUACUACUUGCAAAUGUUUGAAUUCGACGGAACGCCCAAGCCUUGGCUCUGGCAGACUUACAAUCCGCCUCAGAUGUUGCCAACGCAACAACUCCACAAGAAGAUCAUUGGUAGUCUCAAUGGGUGA